UAGAGUAAAAACGUUGUGUUAAGAAUUUUUGGUUUACCUCUUGUUUCCGUCUCCACCCCCACCCCACCAAAAAAAAAAAAAAAAGGAAAAAAGCUGUCAAUGUAAUACAUGGGAAUUUGUUGCCAGUGCUUUUCAGCACUGUUUCCAUUAGUUAGAACUGGAAAGCAAGCUUUAUCUGACCGUGUGUUGGAUGGAAAUCUCGGCUGGUGGCUGAAGGCUACUUGAAAUGUACUUGUUAAAUAUGAGGAAGAAAGAGUCCCCCAAAUCUUGGAUUGAAGAGGUCUUCAGUAAAAGAGAAUGUGCACACAUCAUUCCCAGUUCAAAAGAUCCUCACAGGUGUCCUGCAGGAUGCCAGGUGUGCCAGAAUUUAAUCAGGUGUUGCUGUGGACGGCUGAUUGGAGAUCACCCAGGAGUAGACUGUAGCUGGUCUGUUUAUCAGGCUGCCCCACAGAGAGAUUCUGGAGAAUGGUCCGUGCAAAAACACACAAAGACGAGUCCGACAGAUGCAUUUGGUACAAUCAAUUUUCAAGAUGGAGAUCACACUUACCAUGCCAAGUAUAUUAGACUCUCAUAUGAUAGUAAUUUGGAUCAGCUGUUGCACCUGAUGGUUAAAGAAUGGCAGAUGGAGUUGCCAAAGCUAGUGAUCUCUGUUCAUGGAGGCAUUCAAAAUUUCAAGCUUCCCUCAAAGGUCAAGCAGGUUUUCAGCAAAGGAUUGGUGAAGGCUGCUGAGACUACAGGAGCAUGGAUAAUUACAGAAGGCAUCAACAGCGGAGUGUCCAGGCAUGUGGGGGAUGCACUGAAAGGCUGUACCUCACCACACCUGAGAAAGAUCUGUGCUGUUGGGAUUCCUCCAUGGGGUAUCAUUGAGAACCAGAGGGAUCUCAUUGGAAAAGAUGUAGUUUGCCUGUACCAGACUCUUGGUAAUCCGCUCAGCAAGCUAAGUACCCUCAACAGCAUGCAUUCUCAUUUUCUAAUGGCAGAUGAUGGGACACUAGGCAAGUAUGGGAAUGAAAUGAUGCUCAGGAGGAAUUUGGAGAAGUAUAUAUCACUUCAAAAAAUACACACAAGAAUGGGCCAAGGUGUACCCAUAGUUGGGUUGGUGGUGGAAGGAGGCCCCAAUGUGAUCCUAAUGGUGUGGGAGUACGUGAGGGCCAGCCCAGCCGUCCCUGUGGUGGUCUAUGAGGGCACUGGCAGAGCUGCAGAUAUCCUGGCUUUUACCCACAAACACACAGGUGAUACGGGGGAACUGCGCCCUCAAGUGAAGGAGGAAGUCUUAGUGAUGAUUCAAAACACAUUUAGCUUGGGUCAGAAACAGUCCAGUCAUCUAUUUCAUGUUUUGAUGGAAUGCAUGCAGCACAGAGAAUCCAUAACCAUAUUUGAUGCGGAGUCAGAAGAUCAGCAGGACAUUGAUUUGGCAAUUCUGACUGCACUCUUGAAAGGUACAAAUAUGCCUACUUCAGAUCAGCUAGGUUUGGCGUUGGCCUGGAACCGGCUAGAUAUUGCCAAGAAACACAUACUGGUUUAUGGACAACACUGGAAGGUUGGUGCUUUGGAACAGGCAAUGCUGGAUGCUUUAGUGAUGGACCGUGUGGAUUUUGUAAAGCUGUUAAUAGAGCAUGGAGUGAACAUGCACCGUUUUCUUACCAUAUCUCGUUUAGAAGAACUCUACAAUACAAAACAAGGACCAUCAAACCUACUUUUGCAUCACCUAGUUCGAGAUGUGAAACAGAAUACCAUUUCACUGGAUUACAAGAUAUCACUGAUUGAUAUUGGGCUGGUGAUAGAGUACCUCCUUGGUGGAGCUUAUCGGAGCAGCUACACAAGGAAGCACUUCCGAAUUCUCUACAAUGAUCUCUACAGAAAACACAAGAGAGUGCUCUCCACCUUUUCUCAGAGCCUGUCUCAUUCCCUUCAUCAGAGUAAUCAGACAGGUAGCAAAAUGGGAUCUGCUGAAAGUACUUUGCAUUCUCAGUUCUUCAGAACAGCACAGCCUUACAAGUACAAGGAAAGAUCCACUGCUUUCCAUAAGUGUAAGAAGAAAUCAAAAGAGGAUAUAAACUUUGCAGAGAAUUACGAGUCAUCUGGCUUUAUCUACCCCUAUAAUGACCUCCUGGUUUGGGCAGUAUUAAUGAAAAGGCAGAAGAUGGCAAUGUUCUUCUGGCAGCAUGGAGAGGAAGCCAUGGUCAAAGCUGUUGUGGCGUGUAAGCUCUACAGGGCAAUGGCACGUGAAGCUAAACAGAGCAACAUGGUGGAUGACACUUCAGAAGAACUCAAGAAGUACUCAAAGGAAUUUGGGCAGCUUGCCUUAGAUGUGCUGGAGAAGGCAUUCAAACAAAAUGAGCAGAUGGCCAUGAAGUUGCUGACCUAUGAACUGAAAAACUGGAGCAACUCAACUUGCUUAAAACUAGCAGUGUCUGUGGGGCUGCGACCUUUUGUAUCCCAUACUUGCACACAGAUGCUGCUGACUGAUAUGUGGAUGGGACGCCUGAAGAUGCGAAAGAACUCCUGGUUUAAGGUCAUUAUGAGUAUUCUUUUGCCUCCUACCAUCUUGAUGCUGGAGUUUAAAAGCAAGGCAGAAAUGUCACAUGUGCCUCAGUCUCAAGACUUCCACCAGUUCACAUGGUAUCAUGGGGAUGAGAGCCCAACCAGCUCUAAAGAUGCUUUGUCUCUGAAGGAUUAUGAUGUGGAGAAGGUUACUCAGAAGUCUGAUGAAAGCCAAGUAGACGGUGGACAAGGAAAUCUGCCUGGAACUAGAAAAAUCUAUGAGUUCUACAACGCACCAAUUGUCAAGUUCUGGUUUCACACGAUGGCAUACAUGGCAUUUCUCAUGCUCUUCACUUACACUGUGUUGGUAAAGAUGGAACCAAGACCAAGUGUGCAAGAGUGGCUUGUUAUCAUUUAUAUUUUCAGCACUGCUGUUGAAAAAGUCAGGGAGGUAUUUAUCUCAGAACCUGGAAAAUUCCACCAAAAAGUGAAGGUGUGGAUUUAUGAAUACUGGAAUUUUACUGAUUCUAUAGCUAUCAUCCUCUUUAUGAUUGGUUUUGGCUUGCGCUGGUCUGCCCCCCCUGUUCAAACUGCAGGGAGGCUACUUUACUGCUUGGACAUAAUAUUUUGGUAUGCUCGGCUGCUUGAUCUUUUUGCUGUGAAUCAGCAUGCUGGCCCGUACCUGACAAUGAUUGGGAAAAUGACAGCAAACAUGUUCUAUAUUGUGGUCAUGAUGGCCAUAGUCCUGUUGAGUUUUGGAGUGUCACGAAAGGCAAUCCUUUCACCAGAGGAGCCUCCUUCUUGGACUCUGGCACGAGAUAUUGUAUUUCAGCCCUACUGGAUGAUGUUUGGUGAGGUCUAUGCUGGAGAAAUAGAUGUCUGUGAAACCAAUGAAGACUGUCCUCCUGGCUCCUUCCUCACGCCGUUCCUCCAAGCUGUCUACCUCUUUGUGCAGUACAUCAUCAUGGUCAACUUGCUUAUUGCUUUUUUUAAUAAUGUUUAUUAUGAUCUGAAAUCCAUAUCAAACAAGCUCUGGAAGUACAAUCGGUACCGUUACAUUAUGACCUACCAUGAGAAGCCGUGGCUUCCUCCACCUUUCAUCAUCCUGAGCCACAUUGGACUUCUGAUAAACCGCAUCUUCCACCACCGGCCCCCAAAUGAGCUGGAUCAAGAGGAAGGCGAUGUUGGACUAAAGCUGUACCUGAGUGAUGAAGAGUUAAAGAAGCUCCAUGACUUUGAGGAACAGUGUGUGGAAAAAUAUUUUCAUGAGAAGAGUGAGAGUCUGAGUUCCAGUGACAGUGAAAGGAUCCGACUGACAACAGAAAGAGUCGAGGAGAUGUUUCUGCAGCUUAAAGAAGUACAUGAGAAGGUAUUUUAUAUCAAGGAGUCUUUACUGUCUCUGGACAGCCAGCUAGGACAUUUGCAAGACCUGUCUGCCUUGACAGUGGACAUCCUGAAAGUGCUUUCAGCUGUAGAUACCUUGCAGGUGAAAGAAGCCUUACUGGCUGAUACAAAACAUCGAACCGGUAGGAAGCUGCCCCAUAGCUGGAGCAAUGUGCUCUAUUCCAAGACCUUGAGCAGCCUGGAGUGUUUGUAUGACAAGAAAUACCGCUAUUACAGCAUGCCACCCUCCCUCUUACGGAGCUUGGUAAGGAGUCAGUGGCCAUCAGAAUGUGAAGAUCACAUAUUGAGGACUGAGAGUAACAAGGUGGUAGAAGACAUCUCUCGAAAGAUAGAAAUAGAAAGUGACACACUCACUUCGGGAGUAUCCUCUGAGACUAAGUCAACCCCUAGAUAUGGACAAUUUUUGCUGGUGCCCCCUGACCAUCAGGGAGGGUCUUUCUCUGAGGAUGUCACCUUAAAUUUGUCGUUUUUGAGCACUCCUGCCAAGAACAGGGACAACGCAUUCAGAGAUGAACUGCAAAGUAGCGUUGUGGAGCAGCAAAACUUGCGAAGUGUCAGCCUCAUUGGAAAAGAGCCAGAAGAUUAUCAAUGGAGCCAGAGAGACUUUGUUAUUAAUUUGCCAUCAGAAAAGGCUAAUGCCAGAAAGGCUGAUCAUCCUCUUGGUGUCCAGCCAUCGCUGGAUAUUGAAGAGAGUGCUGCACCCUCCUGUGAUGAGAGGGAAGAAACUGAAGUUGGUUAUGUGAACUGGGGAUUCUCUGAAGGUGAUGAAAAAGGGGUUUUCAGCUCAGAAACAAAGAAGGCGGCCCUGUGCAUACGUUCCACCUGUAACAGUGACUACGGUUGCACAGGUAGUCCUCCCAGGCAUGUCCAGAUAGAAGAAUCGAAGUCCUUCUCCUACAGCUCUGACAGGUCAUGUCACAGCAGCAUUGUCUCUCAAAACAAGCUGAAACGCAGCACGUCCUUCUGGAUCAGCCCACUCUGGAGGGACUGGGGUUUCCACAGGAGCAAGAGCUUACAGUGCCCUAAGAAAGAGAAAAGAAGGAAACCCUGCAAGGCCAGAGAGUCGUUAGGAUCCAGUGAGCUACACCACAGUGAGACAACAAAAGCAAAACAACAAAACAGACACAGAAAGUCUGGGAGAGGAAAGAAUAAUCAAAAACCCCUUCAAGUGCCGGUGAUUAGAGUGGAUGAUUGUCCCCAGAACACCCAAGUGAGCUCCGAGCCUGCAGAGAUCAAUGUCUGGGAUGAGCAAGAGAAACACAGCAAAAACUGGCUCUCUGUGUCUAAUUUCAGUCAGCUAAGUUUGGAACGUCUCAAUUAUAUGCACCAGAAAAUGAAAACCCAAGACACUGGUAGGCAUACCAUACCAUUCUGUGAUUACCUGAGGCAUUCUCGAGAGGAUUUGAGUAAUAGCGUAUUUGGAACCACCAAGAAAAGUAAUCUGAACAGGAACUCCUUGUUGAGAGCUUCAGAGGAAACUGAUAAUAUCUUUUCCUGCUUGAAAACAUCUCAAGAUCUGCAUCAUCACUACUCGGCUGUUGAAAGGAACAACUUAAUGAGACUUGCUCAGACCAUACCAUUUACACCAGUCCAGCUCUUUGCUGGAGAGGAAGUGACGGUCUAUCGGCUAGAAGAAAGUUCACCUAUGAACCUUGAUAAAAGCAUGUCUUCCUGGUCCCAGCGUGGUAUGGCUGCAAUGAUCCAAGUCUUGUCACGGGAGGAGAUGGAUGGGGGUCUGCGGAGGGCCAUGAAGGUCAUUUGUACAUGGUCUGAGAAUGAUAUAUUAAAGUUGGGACAAGUAUUUAUUGUGAAGUCUUUUCUGCCAGAGGUGGUUCAGACUUGGCAAAAGAUCUUUCAUGAUGGCACAGUGUUACAUCUCUGCCUGAGGGAGAUCCAACAGCAAAGGGCUGCCCAGAAGUUAAUCUAUACCUUCAAUCAAGUGAAGCCUCAUACUAUUCCCUAUAUUCCAAGGUUCCUGGAAGUUUUCCUUAUCUACUGUCACUCAGCAAACCAGUGGCUGACCAUUGAGAAGUAUAUGACUGGCGAGUUUCGGAAAUACAACAACAACAAUGGAGAUGAGAUUACUCCCAGCAGCUUGCUGGAAGAACUAAUGCUGGCCUUCUCUCACUGGACCUACGUGUACACUCGUGGAGAGCUCCUCGUCCUGGAUUUGCAAGGUGUUGGGGAAAACCUUACAGAUCCAUCUGUCAUUAAACCUGAAGACAAAAAAUCUGGAAAGAUGGUAUUUGGACCAGCAAACCUAGGAGAAGGUGCAAUAAGAAACUUCAUCACAAAGCAUCGUUGUAACUCUUGCUGCAGGAGGCUGAAACUUCCUGAUUUGAGAAGAAGUGACUACACACUGGAAAGGGUUGGCCCAGCCUUCGAAAUAGAAAUAGAGACAUGCACCAGAGGAGCUGAUGAUGCAGAUGAGCCUUUGGAGUAUGACACGCGGCUGUGAAGCAGUGGCUCUGAGCAGAGCCUGUGCCUUUGUGUGCUCAGAAACCUGCCUCUUAUCACUGCCAUGGGUCAGUCCAAAAGAACAAAACACAGGUGUCUGAGUGAAGCAUCUGUCUGCCCUUGACAGACCCUAUAGGCAAGGAGUAAAAAAAAAAAAAAUCUUUAUUUAAUGCCCUUCCAUGCUCUUGUGCUGGUCUUUCUCGUACAGUUCAGUGAAUUGCCUGGAGCAGGUCACCUCUUAGCUGGAUGAACUGUCCCAUCAAUGCCUUUUUUUUUUGUUUUCUUUUAUUUGAAACGUAUAUUAUGGUUCUAAACUCUGCUUUCUUAGGAAAAUGACUGUGACAAGUAUGUUUCAAAGGGGGGACAGUGAUUCGAUGUUUCUCUCUCUACUCUUUAAUAACUGAAAGUAUAAUAUAUAUAACUGAAAGUAUAUACAUACCUGAAGGUAUACAUACAUGCAAAUAAUUCAUUUUCAGAGGCAGAGCCCCUGCUCACUUUUCCCUGGGCAUAGGAGGCUUUCCAGGAAAUUGUAGGAAUAUUAUUCUCUUUAUUGUUGAUUUUGAUGCAGAGACAAACCAAGAAUGUAUGAGUAAUGAAUUAGUGGUUUAAACGAUAGUCACGGAUAUAGCAGGUAGAUGAAAAAAUUUAAUGGGAGUUUCACCUUGAAUUUUUUUAACAGAUCAAGGACAAGUUGAGCAAUGAAGGGUUAGAUUAUUGGACCCACAAGCAUCAUUGACCUUUCUCAUUUUUGAAUUGAUAAAAUUGAUAAACCUAUGAUCUUUAAUACAAGCAUAAAGAAUAACCUUGAUCAUGGUUCAGCUUUUAACCAGGACCUGCCUUUCUUUAUAAUAUUUUAGCUUCAGAAUGUUUUGAAGUUGUAAUUGGCAACAAAGAUUUUAGAAGUCACAGAGAAUAAUGUGUUCCAUUUGGUAUUUAACUUCUUGUCAAUUUCAGGUUGUACUAGGACUUCUGUCUAACAGUGAUGCAAUUAUACGUAUGUUUUUGCAGCAUCUGCCUCUGUUUCUAUUGAUGUCAUUUGAUUUCAGUAGAAGUUCAGAAAACACAAAAAUCAAUGUGCAAUAUGAUUUUUGUAGAAUAAAGAUUUAAAUGAAGUGCUCAGCAGAAAUAUGUCUAAUACAACUAGUGUUGUAUUACAGAUCACAUCUGUCAUUAAAGUAACUUUGUACUUCUGUAGAAAUACCUACAGUUGAAAUGUAAGUCAACAGAUAACUUUAUACUUGAAAAAGAAACAAAAUCAUAUUUCCACCACAACUGACAGUAAAUUUUAAUGCAUAAGGGUGCUAUUUGUUAUGAUCUAGCAUACAUUUGAUAUAUUUAGAAAAUGUCUAUGCACACAUAGGAAUUGGAAGUCAUAUGUACCCAGUUUUUAUACUGAUUAUGAUAUUGAUGAUGGCACUGAAGUAAUCACCUACACUGUGUUCAGCCGAGAUGCCUUCAGUUCCUGAGAGCAUCCUGAGGAGAUUCUUCCUGCUUUUUAUAUUUUUAAAAAUUGUUUUAUAAGAUUAUUUUUGUGGAAACCCCCCACCUUUUUCCUGAUGAGAUUAUAUUAUUCAUUUUGCAAAAAAUGUACUUCCCUUUGGCUUUUUUGGAAGCAAUUCAAUGUAUCAGAAGGCUUAGCUUGCCUGUGAAAGAGAUUUGUUUAAUUGUAUCUCUACAGAAGGAUGGUGGAUUUUGAUCACUUUGCUGUUAAGAUAGUAGUUCUGCUUCCAGUGAUUAUCAUCUUAAAAUUUGGAUUUAGGGAUGUAGCUGCUUACAUGCAUACAUAUAUACUUUAAAGACAGAACUUUCUCUGAAGGAUCUCUAUCUGUUAGUAUGCCUUUAAAUUCAGUUAAGUUAAAUGAGACAUAAAUAUGUCUUUAAAGCCAAAGACAAUUUAAGUCCUGCCCUGAUUGUGUUUUCCUCAAUCAUUGCCAUAAAUUCUGAACACAUGUAUAUUAGACACAAAAAAUAAACUCCGUACUUGAGCACCUUUUGUUUCUUUUUAAGUUUUGAAGAUAUGCGCAAGUCAUACUUCAGAUGAUCUUUUCUUGACAACCCUCUUGCUCCUGUUGUCUUCAAGAGUGAGUGGCUUCUGCAUUCACAGAAAUGAAUACUUGUGAGAAGCCUUACAGUAUAUGGCUCAUUGCAGAUUCAUCUUAUUCUUUUUUGUUAGUACCUAGCAUACUACCUUCACCUCAAAUUGGGGAUCCUUGCAAGAUACAAAUUUGUGUUAAAAUAUAGUUGAUAUAAACAUGUUUGAUAUUUAUUUUUGCUCAGUGUGAAGUAUUAAUAUGAUGAAACAAGAAAAGGAGGCAUUUGAAAUUGUUUCGUUACGUACUUUUAUCCUAGCACUAAUUUUUACAUGCAUGGAGACACUAAGUUGAAAAUUUUGGUGAUCCUGCUGGUUAAUUAAUUUUGCCUCAGCUUGCUUUCUGCAUUUUUUGGGAGGGCUGAUUCACAUUUUACUAGACUGUAAAUUUGGGUGUUUGGUUAAAGGCCUUUCCCCUCUCCACUUUGUUCUAGUUCAGUAAUAAAUUGUAAUGAAAAUAAUUUGAAAAAAUUA